AUGGAGAGCUUCCUUAAGCAGGCCGCCCUGACCUCCCACCGUCCCGCAGGUGUGAAGACCCCGUUGUGGAAGAAGGAACCGGAGGAGGCCCGGGCCGGGGAGGCGGAGCAGGAGGAAGCGAAGGAGGGGUCGGAGGAGGAAGACUACCAGAGGUCGCUGGAGGACAGCGCGGCGGAGGGCGAGGAGCCGCCGCGGGAGGCGGAGGAGAGCGAGGGCCGCGAGCGGCGAUCGGUGUCCUACUGUCCGCUGCGCCAGGAGUCCAGCACCCAGGAGGUGGCGCUGCUGCGGCGCGCGGACAGCGGCUUCUGGGGCUGGCUCAGCCCCUUCGCGCUGCUGGGCGUCCUGACUGCUCCCACCGACAGGAAGCGGAGCCUACCGGAGGAGCUGUGCGUGCUGGAGAUCCGGCGACGACCGCCGCGCCGCGGGAUCUGUGCGCGCUGCGAGAUCCUUUUCUGCAAGAAAUGCAGGAGUCUGCACAGCCACCCAGCCUAUGUGGCGCACUGCGUUCUGGAUCACCCGGAUCUGGAUCCUUCUGGCCCGGUGGGCAGAGGCGUCGCCUAGAGAAAAUAACCUCCAGGUUCCCUCAUCCCUCUGACAAACCUGCCUCUUUCCCUGAAACCAUUCAAUAAAACCUCUGAUCAAAUUGUCA